AUGCAUGAAAUCUAUGGAGUGCCCCGACAUCAUUUCUCAGAUAACCUCAUAAUAAUUGAUUAUCAAUGCCUGAAUCAGCCAAAGGCAGCAAUAGAAGCAUUAGAAGAGCUGAAGAGUGACUUUGUGACAUACAGGAGCAAUACUGACAAGCGGUUACAAGUGCUUCAUGCACAAAAUAAGCUUUUUCUUGGAGAGGUCCAAGUCCUGAAUCAGCAUGUGAAAUUCAUGGAACAGAUGCUGAAUGUUGAGGAUGAGGGUGAGGCUGGCAUAGCUAUGGAAAGGAAUGCGGCUGGAGAAGUAAUUGGGGAGAAAGGUGAGGAAGGUGAGGAUGGUGCUGAGCAAGAGGCCUCCGUGGUAGCAAGUAAGAAAGCUGUGCUUAUGAAAGGCAUUCACAUAAGUCUAGUUCAAUACAACAGAGUGCCUGAAGGUACUUACGAAGAUGAGCAGGACAUCAUUAAAGACAUGUUUGCGCUGCUCAUGGGUGUUUACAAGAUUGAUACAGUUGUUGAGUCCAUUAGAGCAACUGGUGUAGCACAGAUUCCACAUGCUAAGGAUGCCUUGGCAUCUGUGCUUGAUCCCCAUCUCAAAGGCAAGAUCAGAGACAAGUUUAAAUAUAUGGCAUGUCAGAUCAUGGUGCAAGAGAAGAAUGUGAAGGAAUAUACCUUUAUAGCACUGGUUGAAGAUGAUGACAAGCAUGAGAAGGAAGAGCUCAGAGCUGAGGUGCAAGUGAAGAAACUUCAGGCAGUGAUGAAUUCUCGUGUCCUAUCACAUGCAUCAUGCAAUGAAGAGAUUACAGGUGCACAUUCACAAGCAUUCUGUGUCACUCUGGCAUACACCGAGAUGCACCCAGACCCUUCAGAAGAUGCAGGCUCUCUGCCAUCAAUGCUAUGUCCGAUGAUGAUGGUGAUCCUAAUGGGAACCCAAUGUUCAUCAACCAUCUUCUUCCGUGCAGCCGCAGAUAUCAGUGGCUUUGAUGUGAAGGCCCAUUUUAGCUGCUUCCGGUCAUUGUGCAGCUUGAACUCUAAAAAUGUCUUAGAAUAUCGCUUUUGUGCAUCUCGAACCCUCCAUGGAGUUGUGGUGAAAUCUCGUGGCCAUACAUUUGCAUCUUCAUACCUGUAUGAUGAAUUAGCAAAAGAAUCUGCAUUUCUUGCACAACAGGCUCAAGAGCAUGGUUUAACUGCUCAAGACUUGGCUCCUUCAGUCCAGAAAUGUUGGUUACAAGAUGGACAAACUGCUGCAGUCAAUGCACCAGUCAAUGUUCAAUAUUAUGCUGAGGUUGACGAGGGCCUGUCAGAGUGUACGAGAUGUGCCAGCAGAGCACUCGAUGUUAGAUACACUGCCAUCAGCAUGUACAACUCACUUUCUUCUGAGUGUGAGGGAGCUCCAAGCUUUGCCAUCAUGGAAAUCAUGCAUAAGCUCAUUAGAAGCCAGAGUGCAGGUUUCAGUAUCAUUGGAUGGCAGCUGUAG